AUCUACUGUGAAACAAUAUGUUUUUGGAUACAAUGGAAGUACCUAUUAGACUUAUUGAUAAUUAGAUCUCUAAACUGAGAUGGGAUCCUAUUUCUAGCAAUCUAAUCAUGGGAGUGGAAAGUGUUUUAAACUUAAGUGAGCUUUUUAUGCUUGUAUGUGGAAUUGAAUCCAAAGAUUCUCAGAAAAAUGGAGAUGAUGGUCUAACUGGUUUAAUGGAGACUCCUCGUAGCAAACCAUCACCACCAACACCAAGAGUGAGUAAACCAACAGGGACUAAAUCCGAUGGCAAUUCGCCUUCUCCGGUGCACAGCACUCGUCUUUCGCCGCAAACUGUAACCUCCAAGCUUGCUACUGAUCGUCGGACUGCAAGGGUUCCUACUCCACCUGAGGCAAGUAAAACCAACUCCAUUUAUUUGAAUAAAUCUCAAUCACGGUUAGGGAAGGGGACUGAGCUACUGGCUCAAUUGAAUCAAAUCCAGGAGGAUUUCAGGAAAGCUAAUGAGGAAAUAGAAAGGCUCAAGAAAGAUAAAUCUAAAGCUCUUGAUGAUCUUAAAGAAUCUGAGAAACUGACUAAAGAAGCCAAUGAGAAACUUAGAGAGGCAUUGGCAGCUCAACAGCGUGCGGAGAAGAGUUCUGAGAUUGAGAUAUUCCGAGCGGUUGAACUAGAACAGGCGGGAAUUGAAGCGGUUCACAAAAAGGAAAUCUCUUGGAAGAAAGAAGUUGAGUCUAUUAGAAGCCAGCAUGCUUUGGACAUCUCAGCUCUUCUCUCUACCACUGAAGAGCUCCACAGGAUUAAACAAGAAUUGGCUAUGACUGCUGAUGCUAAAAACAAGGCUCUCAGUCAUGCUGAGGAAGCGACUAAGAUUGCUGAAAAUCAGGCUGAGAAGGCGGAGAUUCUUUCUUCUGAAUUAAGCCGCUUAAAAGCAUUGGUUAGUUUAGAUGAACGAAAGAAUACUAUUGAAGGUGAUGAGGUUGUGUCUAAACUGAAGUCUGAACUUGAGAUGUUGAGAGGGAAACUUGAGAAAGUUAGCAUCCUCGAGAAUACGCUGAAGGGUCAAGAAGAGUCCAUUGAACUGCUCCACGUUGAUCUUGAAGCUGCUAAAAUGGUUGAAUCCUAUGCUAAUAACUUAGCAGCAGAGUGGAAGAGCGAGAACCUAUUGAAUGAAAAGACAGAACUUGCGACAGAGUUGGAAAACUGUAAGAAGGAAGAAGAGAAAAGCAAGAAAGCUAUGGAAGGCUUAACUUUGGAUUUGCAAGAAGUAUCUGCUGAAGCAAGGGAAGCAAAGGAGAAGCUCUUAACAUGUCAAGCGGAGCUCGAACUUUCUGGAACCCAGAUUGAAAGUUUGAAGUUGGCUGAGAAAGAUACAAAUGAAAAGCAUGGAAAAAUGCUUGAAGAUGCAAGAAACGAGAUUGAUGGCCUGAAAAGUAGUUUGGAAAACACCGAGAAUGAGUUUGUCAAUUCUAAGACUGAGUGGGAACAGCGAGAACUUCGUUUGACGAUAUGUGUGAAGAAAUUAGAAAAUGAAAUUUUCUCUGUGCAGGAAGAACUUAGCAAAGUGAAGGAUUUGCUUAAUCUUAAGGAAGUUGAGGCGUGUGCUGUAAAAGAAGAAGAAGCCAAAAUGAAAUCUAAUCGUAAGGAACUUGAGGAGGAGAUUAAGGAUCUGCAGGAAAGAGUUGAAGAAGCUGAAGCUGAAAGCAUGAAACUUAAAGAAAGCUUGUUGGAGAAAGAAGACGAACUAAAGAACGCUGCUGCAGAAAAUCAAAAACUCAGAGAAAUGGAGGUUUCUUCUGUCGAAAAGAUCGAUGAGUUGUCAAAGGUGAAUGAAAGCUUGUUAGAUAAAGAAACAAAACUGCAGAACAUUAUUCAAGAAGCAGAAGAACUCAGAGUUAAGGAGAUUGAUUAUCUCAAGAAGAUUGAAGAGUUGUCAGCGACGAAAGAGAGCUUGGUUGAAAAAGAAACCAAACUGUUGAGCAUUGUUCAAGAAGCUGAGGAGCUUAGAAGAAGGGAGCUUGCUUGUCUGAAGACGAUUGAAGAGUUUUCAGCAGUGAACGAGAGAUUGGUUGAUAAAGAAGCCAAAUUGCAGAGCAGUAUUCAAGAAAUUGAGGUUCUCAAAGAAAGAGAGGCUGAAUAUAUCAAGCAGAUCGAGGAGUUGUCAUUGUUGAAUGAAAGUUUAGUAGAGAAAGAAGCCAAACUGCAGACCAUUGUUCAGGAAAAUGAAGAGUUAAGAGAAAAGGAGUCUGCUUAUCAUAAGAAGAUUGAGGAGUUAUCAAGGGUAAAUGAAAUAUUUGCUGAUAGAGAAACCGAACUUCAGAGUUCCACUCAAGAAAAUGAAGAGCUUAGAGAAAGGGAGGUUGCUUCUCUUAAGAAAAUUGAAGAGUUAGCAAAGCUGCAAGAAAAUCUUCUUGGUAAAGAAAAUGAGCUGCAUGAUAUGGUCCUUGAGAUAGAGGACCUUAAAGCCAAGGACUCUCUAGCUGAAAAGAAGAUUGAAGAGCUAUCAAAUAUAAAUAAAAGCUUGCUCGUGAAAGAAAGUGAGUUACAAGAUGUUGUAUGCGAAAAUGAGGAGCUCAAAUCCAAAGAGGCAAAGAAGAUAGAGGAGUUGUCGAAGAUGAAAGAGUGUCUACUUGACAAAGAAACUGAGUUGCAGACCGUAAUUCAUGAUAACGAUGAGCUGAAGGCGAGAGAAGCUUUUGCGCUUAAGAAGAUCGAAGAGUUAUCAAAGUUACUAGAAGAAGCUUCUUCCACAGAUGAGAAAGCAGAGGAAAACGGCAAGCUCAGUGACAUCCAAAAAGGUGUAGGAUUUUCACAGGAAAAUGAUCCCAGGUGCAGAGAAGAGAUUACUAAUACCAAUCUUUCUGAUCACGGAACCGGAGAACAAAAAGUACAAGAAAGUCCAUUGGAAGCCAUUGAUAGACAUUUGAAAGAUGACACAACAAUUCAUUGGUUAGCUCACAACGUUCAAGUGAUAGGAAAAGGAGACAAAGAUAAAGACUCCAUGGAAGGCGAAGGCUACCAUUUAGAAAAGAGAGAAGCUUCUUCGGAGCAUGACUUUGCUGAAGAGGAAGUCGACUCGAAAGCAGAAGGUAGUGAGAACUUUGAUCAGCUAAGCAAUGGCUUGUCUUCAGCAGAACAUACAGAAGAUCUGGUCUCAAAGGAACAACAUCAGAAAAAGAAGAAGCCUUUGCUUCGAAAGUUUGGAAAUUUACUGAAAAAGAAGAGUACAAGCAGCAGUAGCAAGAAAUAGAGGAAGAUCUAAUGUAUUUACUAACAACUCUAUUGCAAGUGAUCUUUGCUUUCCCUUUUUAAAGAUCUCAUCGUUCCUUGAAAUACAUCCAUAGUAGACAA